AUGUCCACGCCGAACGACUCCCCGGCCCCGGGAUCGCCCGCCCCGCCAGCUGGCGGCGCUGCGCCGAACUCCAAGAACGCAGCGAAGAACGAGGCGAAGAGGUUGGCCAAAGAGGCCAAGCUUGCUGCUAAAUCUGCCAAGGUCGGCGCGAGCACUGCUGCUGGCGAGAAGAAGGCAAAGGCGGAGAAGGAGAAGAAGGAGGCCGAGCCUGAGUUUGUGAACACAACCCCGGCUGGUCAAAAGAAGGAUAUGUCUGUGCCCAUGGCGGCCGGAUACAACCCGAUCGCAGUCGAGUCUGCCUGGUACGACUGGUGGCUCGAGCAGGGCUUCUUCAAGCCAGAGUUCGCACCAGACGGCAAGAUCAAGCCGGCAGGAUCCUUCGUUAUCCCUUCCCCACCGCCAAACGUCACCGGUAGCCUGCACAUCGGCCACGCGUUGACGACUGCCAUCCAGGACUGUCUGAUGCGCUGGAAUCGCAUGUUGGGAAAGACCGUGCUGUUUGUGCCGGGAUUCGAUCAUGCUGGUAUCUCUACACAGGCUGUUGUUGAGAAGAGGCUAUACAAGACCGAGGGCAAGACGCGCCACGAUCUCGGUCGCGAGAAGUUCCUUGAGACCGUUAUGGACUGGAAGAACGAGUAUCAGGAGCGUAUCACAAAACAACUCUACCGUCUCGGUGGAAGCUACGACUGGUCGCGUUCGGCCUUUACCAUGAGCCCGCAACUAUCCAAAGCCGUCAUCGAGAACUUCUGCCGCUUGCACGAAGAAGGCCUUCUCUACCGCGCCAACCGCCUCGUCAACUGGUGUGUCCGCCUCAACACGACACUCUCCAACCUUGAGGUCGACCAAAAGCAACUGACUGGACGGACGCUGCUUAACGUGCCGGGCUAUGACGCGAAGGAGAAGUUCGAGUUUGGUGUCAUUACCUCGUUUGCGUACGAGAUUGAUGGCUCGGACGAGAAGAUCAUCGUCGCCACCACUCGUCCGGAAACUAUGCUCGGUGAUACCGCCGUCGCCGUCCACCCAGAGGACCCGCGAUACAAGCAUCUCCACGGCAAAUUCGUCAAGCACCCCUUCGUCGACCGCAAGAUCCCCAUUGUCUUGGACGACAUCGUCGUCGACAUGGAGUUCGGCACCGGAGCCGUCAAGAUCACGCCCGCGCACGAUCCGAACGAUUAUGAAGUUGGCAAACGUCAUAAUCUCGAGUUCAUCAAUAUUUUGAAUGAUGAUGGGACGUUCAAUGCGAAUGCUGGGGAGACGUUCAAGGGCAUGAAGCGAUUCCAUGCGCGUGUGGAGGUCGUCAUGAAGCUGAAAGAGCUUGGGUUGUACGUUGAGACCAAGGACAACCCUAUGACGAUCCCGAUCUGCAGCAAAUCCGGCGACGUGAUCGAGCCCUUGCUCAAGCCGCAAUGGUGGGUUAAUUGCAAGCCGCUCGCGGAGGAGGCUCUCAAGCGCACCCGUGCCGGCGAGCUUGUCAUCAACCCGAAGCAGUCUGAGGGCGAUUGGUACCGCUGGCUUGAGAACAUUCAGGACUGGUGUGUCUCCCGUCAGCUAUGGUGGGGCCACCGCUGCCCGGCGUACUUCGUCAAGCUCGAGGGUCAAGCCCAAGAUGCGAACGACGAGAAGCACUGGGUCGUCGGACGUACACUCGAAGAAGCGACCGCCCGCGCACAGAAGAUCGCCGGCACGUCGAAGUUCACGCUCGAGCAAGACGAAGACGUCCUCGACACAUGGUUCUCCUCCGGCCUCUGGCCCUUCUCCAUCCUCGGCUGGCCCGACAAGACGCCGGACUUCGAGGCGUUCUACCCCGCCAGCCUGCUCGAGACCGGCUGGGACAUCCUGCCCUUCUGGGUCGCGCGCAUGGUCAUGCUCGGGAUCUUCCACACCGGCAAGGUGCCGUUCAACGAGGUCUUGUGCCACGCUAUGAUCCGCGACGCGCACGGGCGCAAGAUGAGCAAGUCGCUCGGGAACGUUAUCGAUCCGCUGGACGUUAUACAGGGGUUGCCGCUCGAGAAGCUCCACGAGAAGCUGUACGAGGGCAAUCUGGACGAGAAGGAGAUCUUGAAGGCUAUUGCGGGGCAGAAGAAGGACUUCCCGAAGGGCAUUCCGCAGUGCGGGACGGACGCGUUGCGGUUCGCGCUUUGUGCGUAUGCGGGCGGGGGCAGGGAUAUCAAUUUGGAGAUCUUGAGGGUGGAGGGGUAUAGGAAGUUUUGCAAUAAGAUCUUCAAUGCGACGAAGUUUGCGAUGCUCAAGUUGGAUGGGUCGUUCAUCCCGGAGGGCUCUGCAAAGCCUACUGGAAAGGAGUCGCUCGUGGAGAAGUGGAUCUUGCAUAAGCUCAACUUCGCCGCUGCGGAGAUCAACAAGCAGUUGGCGGAGCGCAACUUUAUGCAGGCUACGAACGUCGCGUACAACUUCUGGCUCUACGAGUUGUGCGACGUCUACAUCGAAGCAAUGAAGCCCAUGUCCGACCCCUCCGCAUCCGAGACGACGCGCGUAUCCGCCCAACAGACGCUCUACACCUGCCUCGACAACGGUCUCCGCCUCCUCCACCCCUUCAUGCCCUUCGUAACCGAAGAACUCUGGCAGCGUCUCCCGCGCAGGCCGAACGACACCACGCCCUCCAUCAUGCUCGCGUCCUACCCCGUCCACGACGACGCGUCCGUCUUCGAAGACGCUGACAAGCAGUUCACGGCCGUGUUCGACGGGAUCCGCGCAAGCCGCUCGCUCGCGUCUUCGUACAACCUCAUGAGCGACGUUCAGCUUUACUUGCACGCACAAACGGACGCCGAAGCAACGCUGUUCACAAACGAACUGCCCACGAUGCAAACGCUCAUCAAGGGCUGCAAAUCCAUCACCGUUGUGCGCUCCGCGCACGAGAUCCCUGCGGGGUGCGGAAGCUCGUUGUUGACUCCCACGCUCGCUGUGCAUUUGCUUGUAAGGGGGCUGGUGGAUCUGGACGCGGAGAUCGCGAAGGCGGAUAAGAAGUUGAGGUUGGCGGAGUUGAAUCUGGAGAAGGUGGUUAAGCUGGAGGGGCAGGAGGAUUAUGAGGGGACUGUGCCGGCGAAUGUGCGGUUGCUGAACGAGGAGAAGCGCAAGACGUAUGAGGCGGAGAUUGCGACGCUUACGCAGAGUAGGGAGAACUUUGCGAAGCUGAAGUGA